AUGGCACAACUAACGUUCUUAAGAGCAUCAUACACCAAAAUAGAUCACUAUCAGUGUCAUCUCAUGGUCUUUGCAAGUAACUUGGGUAUUGUCAUUGUUGGUGUCUAUUCGACUAUGAAAUGUCGUUUGCACCCUUUGUCGCAAGUUGAAUGCUGCGUGUCGCAUCUACCGUGUCGCAUAAAUCAUGUCGGAUGUACCAUGUCGCGUAUCUCGUGUCUCAUACACCAUGUCGCAUCAACCAUGUCGCAUCAACCAUGUCGCUGUUACCUACGACAUGUGUACCCAUGCGACACAUAUGACAGGCGACAUUUUAAGGUUUAUCCGACAUCAGACAUUUUUGACAGAAAAAAGUUUGACACUCCAAUAAUGUCGGAGCAUACAUUUUAG